UUGUCUAGAUUUUCGGGGCUCUGGAGUGCAAGCCUCGAGACGCUGGUAUUCAGAGCCUGGCUCUCACCCCACCACGCCGAGUAUAGUAGCCUGCGCUUACAUGGAUCUAUUAUGUACGUCUCCAGGUUUCGGCGUGGAAGCACAGUGCCGUUAGAUUGCUGCUGGGAAGAAAGGGCGGACGGGGUGGGCAGGCAGGCACACAGGCAGGGUGCUGUGUGAGUGAGUGAGUGCGUGAGUUAGUGCGUGGUUUGGGUUUGUGUGCAUCAGUGUCUCAUGUCCUGGAUGCCUGGUUUUGCGUCGCGUGUUCGGUGAUUGCGCGACUUCGUGGCGGUGCUCAGUUGCGUGCAGGAGGAGGUUGUCCCAUCGAGAAGUCGGUGUAGUUUUUACGUUGGGUUCAGAAUCAGGUGCUGGUCUGGACUUUUUGCUCGGGUUUUGCAGUGCAUCCUCGGCGGCGCUCUGGGUUUUGUGUGUGUUCGUGGACUUGCGAGUAACUUGGGCUGUCGGAGUAGGCAUCACCGGUGACUUGUCUGGUUGAAUAUACACACACAUGCACACUUGCGUCUCGUGUGUGUGUGUAUGUUUUUGGAUUGAUUGACGGCGUUUUUCUUUUCGUGGUACCAGUGCAAGCAGUUGCUUCUCUUGUGCAUUUCCGACAUUUGAAGUGACUUCCGCGCAACGGUAGUCACCUUUUUAUAGCUGUUUUUUUUUUAUAAACAGUCGCUACCUCUGGGUCUGGGUUGUGUAGGGUUAGAGGACGACGGUACGCAAGCAAACAGAAAAAGAAUCUACUCUAUAGAUUUUUAAAAACCCGAAAUAGGGAGAGAACCAAGUGCACCGCGAGAAACGGAGAGGCAUUGUACGCUCAGAGAGGGACUUAAGGUUUUUCGGAUUCGAGCGGCUCUUUGUAGUUGAGGAAUGUGUACAGUCGAGGAUUUAUGGUAGCACCAUGGUGACGAGGACGUUUCAUAUCUAGGAUCUAACAUGUAGUGUAGUCCAGCACGGAGGUAUUUUUUUUUUCUUUUUUCUCUCCCUGUUGACUACUCCAGUGGAACCUUCAAAGGAUUUGGUUUCGAGUAUCUCGCGAUGGAAGGUGAGGCAGCGGGUGUUUCUCCGGCUGCGCCACCCUUGAAGCGACGGAGGGGACGACCCCGUAAAUCAGAACUACCACCGACGUCGAGCAGCGGAAAAGACGCUGCGGCGCCCCAGAAUGCACGAGGAGCUGGAACUGAACUGGCCAAGCCGAGGAAGCAAAGGAAGAGGAAAGGCGUGGAGGCCGCUCCAGCUAGUGUAGAUGUCUCCAUGAUUGGGCAACAAGUGACAGGUGUUUUGGACGGGACUUUUGACGCAGGCUAUCUGUUAAGCGUCAGGGUUGGAAACUCAGACGUGGUAUUGCGAGGCGUGGUAUUCGGUCCCGGCUUGUCGGUGCCGCUGUCAAGAGCGCCUGAUGUCGCACCUGGUGUGAAGUAUGUCAGGCGAGAGGAAAAGUCCUUACCGCCUGCUGCGAAGGUCCCCAUUCCUCCCAAGCCUCCGGUUCCUUCCAAACUCCCAACAGUUUCGCCAUCCCUCCCAUUCGUAGUGCAAACGUCUCUUCCUCCUCCCAGCGCAAUCCCUCCCACAUCAGAAGUCUUGGAAGCCGCUGCAGCUGUGUUCGGGAAUUCCCUCCCCGCAGUAUCGUCUCCCGCGCUGCCAUCGACUGGUUUGGUAGCUGCGUUGCAACAAUUACCCGGGAGCGGGUACACCCCAGACUCAUCCACUUUUUCCCAAACCACCUUCCAAUCGGAGCCUGUGAAACAAGUCACGCAACAGACCAAUGUGGUUCAUUCUGGGGCAUGAUUCCUACUCGGGAGUUGGACUGCCAGGUGUAUCUUAGUUUUGGAGGUUCUAAUACUGAUGAUUAUUCUCAUGUUGUUUGAUUAGCUGCGACGUCAAGCUUGGUUGGUUUUAGCAAGGGAGGGAAAAAAGAACAGAAAAAGGGGUAGCAAGGCGGGGAGGCCAAGUAGACUCCCACCUUCUAAGUGACAGUUUCUGUACAGAAGCAAUGUUGGGAGGAGCAGCAGGAGCAAAGGUUGAAGGUUACCGUUAGAGUCUGCCGACGAUGGCGUAAAGAUGGACGGUGCAUCACUCUAUCUUUGGUUCUACGUCGGAAUCGACAUUAGGCAAGGCAGGAGAUGAUGAUCAUCAUUGAAUCCGUAUGUAGGAUUUUGCCACCAUAUUUGUGUGUGGAACAUUCACACUCGAUAUAGACAAAACCCAGACUCUCACCUCCUGCAUGCACAGCUUCUGCUGAUUGCUGUCCCUUGAGUAGCAUCCCAAGGUGUAACAUGUCUGCAAGGAAAUAUUUCCUUUUACGUUCCAACUAGUUUCUCUCACAUUUUCUCUAACUCUUUCUUCCUGUUUUGAUGACCUAAUUUCUUGGCCUCGUUGUACUGUCCGAGUCUAGGCGUUCUCUCUUUUGCAUCCAACUUUAGCGGGAACAUGUUUUGAGAAUCCUGAUCAAGUGCCUUUUUCUUUUUUCCUUUUUGCAACGUGGACCUUGUGUCGUGUGUAGAGGAAGAGGCGAUUAUCCUCUUGGCGUGUUUGGGAUUUUCUUCAGAGUAGCACACGGCCUAUCCCUGGUAUGUGAUCUUGCAGUGAAACCUCAACCAGUAUCGGAACAAAUUCUUAGCCCAUUUUAUUAGUAGAGCUUUCGGCCCCCUCUAGUUUUUAUGAGCGCAAGCUGAUGAAGAGACUACAUGAGGUGAUUUGUGUGGUUUGAUUUAUAAUAACAGCUUUUUUGUGAUAUGUAAAGUUUGAAAUUCAUUAAUAAACAUCCAGCUGAAUGACCGUAUUUUUGGAUA